AUGGAGUACUACAACAUAGACACGCUUCUCGCGCUAACAAACAGAGUGACCGUAACAUUCACACCACCUACCACUCUGCUCAUUCCAGCCACCAAAACAACCUCAACACUCACCACAUCUGCGCUACCUCUCUACCAAGUACUAUUCUUCCUAAAGAAUGGUCACUGUGUACUGUACGGCCCACUAGUACCGGUGAAUAUUAUGAACGAUUUAAUGGCCUGUCCGGUACUUGUCAAUCUGAACAAGCUGUACAGGCAUAUGUACCGGUUGGUUGGAAUUAUUGGUGAGGAGGGAUGGACCGAUAUAUUUAGGAUUAGGAUGGGAAUGCUCAGCAGGCUUCUUUUUGCUGAGAAUUUUUGUGAGGAUGAUUUGUUGAUCUGUGAUGAGAAUGAGCGAGAAAUUGUGCGGAUGGGGAUAGUAAGAUUUAAGAAAUUUGCCUAG